AUGCAAUCUUCCCAAGGGGAAAGUGCUACUGAAAAAGAGAUUAUAUCAAAUGAGUUCGCGGCAAUCUCUGGUGUUCCUAACGUAUUAGGCUGCAUUGACGGAACUUACAUUUCGAUAAGGGCGCCGAAAAAAAAAAUUCGUUCAACAUAUAUAAAUAGGCAUGACACAAUUUCCGUGACUAUGCAGGGUAUAUGUGAUGCAAAUUUAAAAUUUUUAGAUGUGGCGAGUAAAGUGCACGACUCGCGUGUGUUGAAGUUAUCUUUCAUUGGUAAAGAACUUCCAAAGCUAUGUUUACCAAAAUAUCAUGUGUUAGGGGAUUCUGCAUAUCCGAUCCGAAAUUAUUUGUUAACGCCGUAUAGGGAUUACGGGAAUUUAACUGACAAAGAAAAGAGAUACAAUUACAAAUUUAGUCAAACACAGGUCCGAAUUGAAAACGCCUUUGGAUUGUUAAAAUGUCGUUUCCGGCAACUUAUGCGAUUAGAUUUUCAUGAAGUUGAGACUACAGCGGAAUUUAUACUAGCAUGCUGCGUACUUCAUAAUAUUUGCAUAGACAAACAAGAUUUUAUAGAGAAAAAAGAAUACUGCGUUGAUCCUGCUUCCGUUCAGGAACAACAUUUUCCUUUCGAACAACAUUGA